AUGUAUGUUUCAUUCAAUGUAAAUAAUACUCAUGUAUGUUUAGGCCGCAUUUACCACAAUCUAACAUUCAACCAGCAGUAUUUACAUAGAAUACCGAAUACCACCUAUGGAGUUGCUCUCGGUGAUUUUAAUGGUGACAAUCGUAUGGAUCUAACUGUUUUCAGUUACUUUGAGAAUUGUUUCUACGUUUUUCUUGGCUACGGCAAUGGAAGCUUCAGACCACCAACAGCUUUUAUGACUCGCACAAAUCCAUAUACAGGCCUUGUCAGCGACUUCAAUGGAGAUGGUCAUGCAGAUAUAGCUGCGGCUCAUGCAGGUAAUGGUAGUGUUGGCAUUUCACUCGGACUUGGUGAUGGUACUUUCCUUCCACAAAAUUCUUUUGCGGUUGACUACUUUCCAACUUCUAUUUGUGCAGGUGAUUUUAAUGGUGAUCAACAUCUUGACUUGUUGGUCAUCAACCGUGAUACCAGUACUGCCAGUAUCCUUAUUGGUUAUGGCAAUGGCAGUUUCGCGUCUCAAAACCAUUUUUCUAUAGACCUUUGGCCAGAAUUAGCUGUUGUAGCUGAUUUCAAUCAUGAUAAUCUCUUAGAUAUUGCUAUCACCGGCUAUGCAACUAAUAAUGUCAGUAUAUAUCUAGGCUUGGGCAAUGCUACUUUUCGCGCGCCAGUCUCCUAUGCCGUUCAGAGUGGACCGGUUGGAUUGGGUUUUGGUGAUCUGAACGGUGAUUAUCAGAUCGAUCUGGUCGAGUCGAACUGUAUAAACGGUACGAUCAGUGUUCUACUCGGCAACGGUAAUGGCACUUUUCAAGCAGCACAUAACUACAUGAUUGGAAGCUGUUCGGCUAGCAUCGCAAUUGGUGACUUGAAUAGAGAUACUCACUUGGACGUCAUUGCUCCUGGAUCCUUCGCUAAUUAUUUCACUAUAUUUCUUGGUGAUGGAACUGGGACUUUAUUCACAUCAUUGUCUGUUGUUACAAAUAACUAUCCGUGGUGGGUGACUCUCUAUGAUUUCGACAAUGAUGGAGGACUUGAUAUCGUGAUUGCUCACGCAGAUGGUCAUGUAUCAGUAUUUAUGAACGUAUUUUAA